ACAAGACCCACUAUAAAAUAAGCACAAUUUGGACUCUCUCAGCGUGAACCCUACGCAGAUCAACGUUGCUCGAAUAAAAAACUACUUUUAACAAAGAAAUGUUUAAAUUAUUUGCACUUACCCGCGCUGUCGGAACAGGACAAUGCGUCCACCGGAACGAUCCGCACGCAUCAACGCUCAGAGGCUGCUGUAUUCCCCGCAGCGGUCAGUUCAUGAUCCGAGCAACUUGAGUGUCUAUCAGUGACCCGUCCUCAGCUCUGCGCGUCUACUUCCCCGCAUCUUCCUGCGAUGCUGCCCCGCAAUCGCUCGCCAAUCUUCUGUUUCACUCUCUUUGGCGCGGUAGGACCCGUACCAAACAUCACAUGAACCAUGGAUAUCCAAGGAUCGUGAUGUAGGUCACUUCUGGACUUUCCGGAGUCUAUAUAGUUGCAACCGGCCGCGUCGCCAGCCAUAGCCCAAUAUCCAUCCUGCGCUUUAUCGACCCACCCCUUGAGAUCAUGUCCGAACCCCAUCUCAGUGAAGAAGACAUUCAAGCUAAGCUGGAGCUUGAGCAGGUUGAGGAUGCAGAGAAGACCCAAGAUGGCAUUCCCCGACGUCGGAAGAUGACUGAAGAGCAAAUCGAGCAGCUCAUCAGAGAAGAGAAGGCAAUCUCUGUACGGGACGCGAUAAAGACACAUAAGCGCAUCCUCGCUUACUGCACCAUCUCUUUUCUAUGCGGAAUGACUUAUGGCUAUGAUUCUGUCGCGAACGGUUCAACUGUUGCGAUGCCUGCUUUCUUGCUUUCUUUCGGUGCAGUUGAUGAGACCGGCUCGUUGUAUGCCCCCUCUGUGUGGACAUCGUUGUGGAGUUCCAUGUCAAAUGCCGGGCAAGUUGUCGGGUCCUUCACCGUCGGUCCGGUAGCUCAGCUGAUCGGGCGACGCUAUGCCAUUAUUGUAUACGCGGCUCUUUCUAUUGCAGGUACUGCCGUUCAGUUCACUGCAGACAGUCGCGGUAUGCUGCUUGCCGGAAAGAUCAUCAACGGCGUCACUGUCGGAGCCUUGCUUGCUGUUGGGACUACAUACGCCUCUGAGAUCGCGACGGUCAGGCUACGAGGCCCUCUCUUGCAGACAUUGGUCUUCUUCUCCGUGGCGAUGCAGGGAACCAGUCUGGGUGUUGUCCGAGCGUUUGUUCCCAACCUGAACCCUUCCGCUUGGAAAACGGUCUUUGCCCUACAGUGGGUCUUCGGUUCUCUUCCUAUGGUGGCUAUUUUCUAUCCUGAAUCCCCGCUCUGGCUGGUCACAAAAGGAAAAGACGAACAGGCUCGCAAAAUGCUCAGACGCCUCUAUGGAAAUGAGAGAGAAGUCGAGAUCCGCUAUGAACUACUCUUGCACACCUACGAGAAAGAGAAAGCGCUCGAGAACGAGCAGGCCUCCUUCUCGGAAUGCUUCAAAGGGCCGGACUUGAAGCGAACGCUGACAAUCAUGCUUCUGAUGUUCAGUAAUGGAACGAUAGGUGCCGGCUUUCUUGCCCAAAACAUUUAUUUCCUCUUGACAGUAGGACUUCCCGCUAUUCACUCUUUUGAUAUCGGAAUUGGCGGAUUUUUCCUGGGCGCCGUUGCAAUCGUGCUUAGCUCCAUUUAUAGCGACAGAAUCGGGCGUCGCCGUCUCUUUCUUUGGGGAACUUUUGUCAACACUCUUGGGAUGCUGAUUAUCGGCUGUUUGGGUAUCAAGAGUAGCAAGGCUAUAGCUUGGGCUAUCGCAGUUGUUAUGAAUCUUUUGAUAUCCUGGCAGGUGUUUGCAUGUGUUGGAGUCUCAUGGAGUAUGUCUCCUGAAAUUUCGUCAUACAGAUUACGCCAGCA